UGAUAAAUUAUGGAGUACUCACGUUUCUCGAAUGGCGCCGUGGCUUAGUUGGUUAAAGCGCCUGUCUAGUAAACAGGAGAUCGAGGGUUCGAAUCCCUCCGGGGCCUGAAAAGCAAAAGAUAUAAAACAUGACAUAGCAUAUGCUGCUCUACGCGCAGUGGUUACAUACGUGUCCAACAUGUAUAAUGUCGCCUACGUGUGCCUGCUAUAAUUACGACGGCCGCGAGCGUACCCAAAACAAGUUUGUAAUCGUGAAGGAUGAGCGAAGACGACCCUCGCGGCUGUGCGGCAAAGAGAUAAACUUCCAGGCUACUUCGACGCUAGUGAAUUGUUAUAUUCGCCUCGCCGUGUUUCGUAAUAUAAUAAAAUGCGCGUUUCGAGUGCCGUUAAUAACGGGAGUGUCGUAAGAGUUUCGCGCGAGUUUGAAAUGACGAGUUCUAAUGAAUCGGAUAUAGACGAUCGGAUUUCCGAUGAAUACAAUAACAAACUUUGGGACACGAUGGUAUCUCUGUCAGAAGGGCUCGGUUCGGAGGAGGGGGGAAUCGUCUUUCGGCGAUUAUCUUGGGACCAUCGCGAAUGGGCUCCUUCAGUUAUCACACGUGUUAGAACAUACGAUUCAUGUGUAAUGCAUGAUGUCAUCUUAGGGUGGCCAUAUGAUCCGCGGCUAAGUCAGCACUGUCGUUGCUGACUGUAGUUCCGCUGGUAUUGACACGAAGAUACUGCUGGAAUACCCGAUAUUUCGGUUGAUCCCACGAUUGAUCUUACCUCACCUUCUUCGUAUUUACUCUCUGUUGCGAGAUACUCGUGCCUCAAUUUGGCAAGUCCGAUUGUCCGAAACGUAAACGGGAUUCGUGAAUAACGUCGCUGCUUGGACUCUCGGUUCGCCUGCGACGUCGGGAGUGCCGUUUAUAAAGUGUCGCGCGUGUGAGUGCUGCGAAGAAACAGGAGGCUCAGGGAACAUCGAAUGACAUCGGAAUAAUAUUGUGGUGAGUGCUAUAAAGAAGUAACCAUCGAUGGACUGUAGAUUCACUGAGAGAAAGAGAUCCGAAAGACACUGGACAUCAGCAAAACAACUUUAAGAUUUCGAUAUCGGCAACGUUUGGAGGACAUUAGCACUACAAAAUGAUUCAAUCGUUUCGUCGUGAUGUCAGAUCCAUAACAGGGGCGACGCACAAAGGGACGCUGAAACAUAAGCAGCCGUCGUUACUUCUCGGAUUUUUGAUCGUCUUCGCCAUCACGUGGAUGGCAUUUACACGAGUCAUUCCGAUGGAGCGCUGGGUACUUACGUUACACGAGCUGCAACGAGAAGAUUCAGCUGAAAGCGCACUCUUCACUGGCGAUACAACGAUCGUUCUCGAAGAGGAAAUUCCAGCGGUAGCGAAGACUACGCCGGAGGCCGAGCGUUUCGCUUUCACGAUCGAAGAUGUCGUGCUCGCCGGAUCCACCCCGCAGGUGUCCCCAGCUCCUGGGAAUUACCUUAGGCCGAAGGAAUCAAGAAAGAGCGAAAUAACGGCGAAACUCGUUGCCGGAGUGAGCGUCGAAGCGAACCGAUGAAAUUCAGACGAGGGAUAAUUUUUUAACGUUAUUACCCUGCGAAUCGGUUCGCCACCACCCUGUCGACGCCUUCGCCCUGCAAGCCGCCCACCCUUCGUUGAUUGGCAAUUUCGCGUCUUGAAUUUUUAUCCGGCUCAACGGCACGAAGGGAGUGGAGGAGAGGUACCGGUGCCGGCAACCCCUUCGUUUUUAAAUUAUCCGCGAGAUUAAUCAAGGCGUCAUUUUUCACGUCCAAUUUGCAAUAGAAAAGGAGACGCAGCGGUGGGACGCGACGAGGGACGGCGCGAAAGAGUCACCACGCAGAAAAGCAAACCUUAUUCUUAAUUGAUAUAUUCUGAAUUAAUUAAUCCUUCCGCUGGGACGGUCCAGCGGCGACCAGAGAGUGCAACUGGGUAAAAGGGGGAUGACUGGUUGGAUCCCCUUUACUUAAUUAGUGCCAGUCGUAAAUUUCUUUCAUUGGACACUUUUUUCUUCGAUUAUUAGCGCAUACAUCUUCCGGCAACCCCUUAUUGGCUCGGCAACCUUUUUCAUUGCGGAUGGCCGACAUCUGCAGACCGACUUCAAGGAUAUCGAGAACAGCCAAAGGCUGUACUGUACGAAAGAAACAUCUGUAUCACCGUGUUGUACGUUUCUUUUACCGAAAAUAUCAUGUGAAAAAUAUCAUUUAAGUUUUUACAAAUAUGCAGAUGACUAUUAAAGAAGAUUAAAAAUUAAAUUUGAAACACAAUUUAGUUAAAUAAGAAAAAUUAAUUAUCGUUAAUGUAAAAUAAUUUUUAUCUUAAUAUUAUAUCGAGUCAAUUACUGCACAAGAUAAAAGCGCGAUUCUUGACCGUAAAUAUAUCGCACGAUCCUUAACGCGAUUAUGGGUAUGUGAUAAAAAGAAUGACUCUCGUGCAGUCUCCCGUGGGAAACUGUGCCUUUCGCGGUGUUAGGGACAAAAGAGAACAAAUGGAUGUGAAAAAAGAAAACAGCCUCGCGGUGACGCCAAGAGAGAGGACAAAAUCGAACGGGAGAGAGACGCGGCGAUCGGCCGAUGAGGAGGGAGCGGGAAGCAUCGCCAGGAAGCCGAUGUAAAAAGCUUGGCGACGAACGCGGUUGCCGAAGAGAGAUCGUCUCUUUGUCGGCAAGCUUGCUAAUUAGUUUACUAACGUAUCGAUCCUUCUCCGUAUUUAUACGUGUCCACUACUACGCAAUCACACGACCAACGAUGAGGUCGAAUAACAUUAACAGGAUCUGUAUAAUCGAGCUGUUGCUCGAUAAAUUCGAAUAAACUCUCGAAAUCGUUCGACUUCUUUGCGCGACAAGUUAUGUGAAAUAAAGAUAAGAUAAAAUGGAUGAUUUUCUUGCGAAACUUGUUCGUUUUAAUUGAUAAUUAUAAUUGUUAGAAGACGAAUUAAAUUUUUAUUACUCUUGUGCGAGCGAAGAAAAAUCGUGUUACGUUUUAUCGAUUUUAUUAUAUGACAACAAAAUAAUAAAUCUAUAUAAAUGGA